AUGCAACAGCUUCUCUCCCUGCUCCUCCCGCUCGUGGAGUCGUUCGCACGCGCUCGGCCGCCGAACGUUCUCAUCCUCCUCGCGGACGACCUCGGCGUCGGUGACCUCGAGGCGUACUCAGCCUCCGCCUUGGUGCCGACGCCGGCCAUCUCGGCGCUGUCCGCAGCGGGCGUCCGCUUCACAGACGCGCACGCGCACCCAAUCUGCUCGCCGAGCCGCUACUCCCUCCUCUCUGGCAACUACGUCUUUCGGGGCCGCCGGCCCUCGUCCUCGUGGGACCUCUCGGGAGGCUCGCAGCUCCUGCCUGGCCAGCGGACCAUUGCGGAGUCGUUCCGCGCGGCAGGUUACGCGACCCUGCUGCUCGGCAAGGCGGGCAUCGGAGGGGAGGUCGCCGCGCUACCCGAUGAGCUGCGCCGCUCGACCGAGGACGACAGGGUCGACUGGCUGCUGAGACGAGGGCGCAGGCUUGCCGACGGCCCGGCGCAGUGGGGCUUUGACGAGUCGCUCUCGAUGGUCUCGGGGAUCCAAUCGCCGCCGUACGCGUGGUUCAAUGGCAGCGUGGCGUCGCUUCCUCGCGGGAGCCGCUGCUGGGGCACGGCGACCCACGCGACGCGCACCGGCGACUGG